AUGGGGCCCCGGCGUGUCCUCUGGCUGUUGCUCACCCUGCCGAGAGUCCUGCAGGGCCAGACUUCUCAGCCAGUUCCGGGGCCGAAUCCGGGGCCGAGCUUCCAAGGGAAGCAGUUCCAGGGGACAUGGUUCGUCCUGGGCCUGGCGGGCAACACCCUCGGGCAUGAGCACAGGACGCUGCUGAGACCCUUCAUGGCGACUUUCGAGCUGCUUGCUGGUGGCCGCCUCGGGGUGCUGAAUACCAUGGUCCGCGCCCAGAGCUGCGUGGGCUCUUGGGUCGCAGGGAGAAGCUGGUCGCUUCCUCCCUGGACGAGGGACAAGUUUGCCUGCCUUGUCAGAGCCCAGGGCCUCUCGGACCAAAACAUCGUCUUCCCGGACGUGAUCGCCCUGGGCCCCCGGGGUGGGCAUGGCCGGGCGUCGGUCCGGGGCGGAUCUGGCCGACCCCGAGGGGCUGCAAGUGCCUGCUCGCAGAGCGCAGCCCGAGCCAGCGGAGGGUGCCAUGGCUCUCGGUCCCUCUGUCAUCCUGGGCUCCCCUGUCCUGGCCACUCCCCUCCUCCCAGGCCCGUGCCCCCUCCAG